AUGAAGGCCAUCUUGAGCUCGCUCCUCCUGCUCGUCUCCGUCGCUAGUGCCCUCGUCCUCGACACCCCGUCGGGCUGGAGGUCUGGGCAGACGGUGACGGAGCACUGGCAGACUCAGCCCGGCGACCCGGCGGCGUUCAACCUGGAGCUGGCGAACAACCAGAACAACCACCAGUGGGACGUCGACAACAACGUGCGCACGGCCGACGAGGCUGCUACGUUCCGCCUUCCCAACGUGCCUGCUGGCCGUUACAACCUGAGGGCCGUUAACACCAACAACGAAAAUCAGGUGUACGCUCAGUCCGGCUGGUUCAACAUCGCUCAGUGAAGCAAUGCCGAUUUCAGUGAGGUUGUGACUGUCGUUGAGGAAUAGUCGCUGUCAUUGAAGAAUGGUCUUUGUACGGUUUGCUGUUGUCGAACGGAGUGAUGUGAUGUUGUCGGUGUAUCAAGUUGUGAAGACGAGUCGGGCCGUGAUAUGAACCGUCUGAGUUCAAGCUAUAAUCAUCCGAUGGAAUUCAGCAGGAACGGAAUGUCCGGCUGAGCAGCCCAGCCUCCACUGGGUAAUUUUCAGGCAGCCAAGCGUGUCUACGAAUAUCUCGACUUCCGGUCCGUCGUUACUUCUUGUCUGUCAGCCAAUAUAAAGGCGAAGCAGACAUGCUGUACCUACACUGGAUUGAAUGUCAGCCUUACAAGACACUUAGACUCACGGUAUUCGGGUACCCACUGGCAUCUCAUGUCAG